AUGAACCAUGACCAGCGUUCCAGCUACAAUGCCUAUAUUGAGGCGCAAGGAGUUGGGAAAGACCCUUCCUUGUGCAACAUCGCGUCGCCCUUUGCGAAAGAUCUCAUAGAUUGUCAGGUUUGUAUUGGAGUCAAUAGCAAGAACUCGACCAGUUUUGGGGAUCUUGGGCCCGAAUUUCAACAAUAUCUGGACCUCUGCAACCAAGUACAGACGGUCACGUACGCCACUACCAUCACAUACCUCAAUGGUGACGUUGAACUGGUGACUCUGACGAAGACAACAACGGGCGCGAUGAAUUACGCCCCAACCACCUCGACUCCUUCUGCGUCCACUUCACGCAGAAGACGGAGAGCCAAUCAGGCAGCUAUUGAGAACACGAGCGAAGCACAUGACGAGUAUACCAAGGCCCAACUUCACUCCGACAGUCUGCCUCCCAAGCCUGCUAUAGAACUCGAGGGGUCAUACCCAGAUCCCAUACCGGAGAUGAGCGCGAACGAGAUUGCUGCACAAGAAAUGAUCGUUUUGGGCCUUUUCACGGGUAACUGGGCAGAGUACCCCGGACGCCACCAUAACGAUACGCUCUCAUUGGGCGCUUACCACCCAUCGCACACUCCCGCACCAUCCCAUUCGGCCUGCGGGAUCAUGCUUACGGGCUGGCCGCACCGGAGAUCACGGACUACCGUUGAGCGGCUCAUACCCGUUGCCAAGAAGGGCAAACUUCUUCGACUGAAGAUGUCGGCUUCGAUAAUCACAUCGACGACUGGGGCUACUUUCACGUACCCUACGCCAGAACCAUCCAUGGUGACCUAUUCGGCCAGGGCAUAUUUCAUGACGAGUCCAUCGGGACCAUGCAUCAAACGUUUAAAUGCCCUCUACAUAUACAUCCAGGCAAUCGGCAAACAGCCAUUGAUCUGCCACAAGGACGCGCACUUUCAGACAGAGUACGAAGAUUGUAUUAAUUGCUUACAUGUCACCGUGGAGGAUUCAGCAACGUACAUAUCUAAACGCGUGGAGCCGAAAUUCAAAGAGUAUCUAGACUACUGCAACGGUAAACCUCCGGACUGGACGUACGCACCUUCACGAUUGACUGUCGUCACCCGCGCGCACUGGGGACCCCUUACAGACUUUUAUGGCGAACUAGUGGCGGGAGGUCUCCAGACGAUCACGGCGACGGAGCUCAAACCGACGGACAGCAGUGAGACAGGCGGCGGAUGGCCGUCGUCGUCCUCGACAGAAACUGGGAAGACACCCGGGGCAGGAGACUCAGGUAACUCGGCAUGGAUAGCAGGGCCGGUCAUUGGCGUGAUCACGGCCAUUAUGCUUCUCCUCGGCGCGCUCUGGUUUCUCAGACGACGAAGACAUCGAGCGGUCGAUAAAGAGGAGUCCAUGGCGACCGGUAUUGCCAUUGGUACUCGUGGUGGUGGCUAUGGCCAAGGGGGAUAUGAAAAGCCGCAACUGCAUUCGGAUUGUAUCCCGCGUCGAAUGGAGCUCGAAGGAUCGUACCCGAAUUCACCCAUGAGCCCCAUGUCUGAGAUGACUGCAAACGAAGUCGCGGCUCAGGAGCUUUCAGUGCCGGGUAGUCAGCAUGUUGAAGGGGUCACGGAGAAGAGUAGCUCUGCCAGGCCGGAGAGCCCGGUUCUUGGAUGA